AUGUCUACCGAAGAGGCCAAGGUCAAGCUCUACUGGCUCGAGCAGUCGCGCUCCCAGCGCAUCCUUUGGCUCCUCGAGGAGCUCAAGGUCAACUACGAGGUCGAAAUCUUCCACCGCGACAAGCAGACCUUCCUAGCGCCCCCGGAGCUCCAAAAGGUGCACCCGCUCGGCAAGUCGCCCGUCAUCAGCAUCACGCCCCCCGGCGCCGAUGCCAAGCCCAUUGUGCUGGCCGAGAGCGGCUGGAUGACCGAGUACCUCUGCACGCACUUCCUCGAGGGCCAGCGCCUCGUCCCCAAGCGCUGGCAGGAGGGCAAGGAAAACACCAUCGGCGGCGAGACCGAGGCCUACCUCCGCCACCAGUACUACCUGCACUAUGCCGAGGGCACUCUGAUGCCCUACCUCGUCCUGUCGCUGGUCAUCGGUCGCCUCAAGAGCACCGACAUCCCCUUCUUCGUCCGACCCAUCACCUCCAUGGUCGCCAACAAGAUCAUCUCCGCCUUCAUCGCCCCCAACAUCAAGAAGAACCUGGCUAUGCUCAACGACCAGCUCUCGACCUCGGGCGGCAAGUACCUCUGCAACGACCAGCUUACCGCCGCCGACAUCCUCAUGAGCUUUCCCCUCAUUGCUGCGCAGGCCCGCUUCAAGGAUAUCGUGCCUGGCUGGGAGCAGACCUACUCCCGCGUCUCCGAGUAUAUCAAAACCCUGGAGAGUAGCCCGGGAUACAAGAAGAGCAUUGCCAAGGUGGAAGAGCUGGACGGCGGCAAGUUUACGGCUUCGCUGUAG